AUGGCUAUGGCCAGCUGGAGUUACAGAGCAAGUUAUUUAUGCCAAGUCCAGAAUAGCUGGUGCUCUUGCACACUCCGUAAUUUCUCAUGGCUCAGCUGUACCGCUGGUGGCCCUAAUGUCAACACAGCUUUGGUCACCGCUGGCGCUUCCACCUCCCGGCCAGGAGGAGAUGGAUUACACUGCACCCACGUAACUGCUGGCAGCUCGGGCUGCCGGCCCUGCCUCUGGGGCAGCUGCUCGGGGAGCUGCGAUGCUGCGUGGGUAAGGGAGGCUUGGGGGCCUCCAAGCGCCGGGCAACCGUGCCCCAUCCCGCACCCCUUCGUGCCUGGCUCUGUCCUGCAGCACGAUCUUGUACGACUCCUCUGGAUUCUGCCUCUUCGGUCCUCACCUUUCUGGAGCAGCAAUGACCAAAGCUGGAAGCAGUACCAAUGGGAAGGCUUUUCUUGGCCAAAGCAGAUUCACUUUGUUUGGUUUACCAACUGUGUUCAUAUAUGCCAACAGGGUAAGAGAUGGAUUGCUUCAUCAGGUGAUUCGGGAGGCACUGGCGUUUCUGCAGAGGAAAGUGUGAGCAAGGAAGAAGUCCUCCCUUGGCAGCUGUUACUAUUGCAAGAUCUACUGAGUAACAAUCUUUUAGCUAAAGAACUGAUCAGGACUGGCUAACUGAUGCUGUUGCUGUAGGCCUGCAUACAUAAUGUUUGCCACACCCUCACCCUCUUGAAUGAGUACAGUUAGAACUGCACAGGCUUUGCAUUAGUAACUGCAUGUGAAUCCAAAUUUAAUUUAGAGAAAGCUGAUUUCAGCCUUUUCCCUUGUUCUGUCAUUACUGUCAGUCCUGAUCUGUAAUUUGCACAGGGCAUCAUUUCAGGCGUCUCUUCAAUAAAUGUGAUCAUUUUCUGUUAA